GAAGUUGUUUUUUGAGCUCCGAAUUCCUUCCCAUUGCGCGCUCCUCUACAAGCAAUUUUCUUAGCGACAUUGACCCUUCGUUUUGAAGGGCAUCGCAUUUAGUAUGGCUACCACGUCAUAUUUGUACAAGGAGACGCGCCUUAACUUGGAGCCAUCUUCCAGUUCGUACAUUGUUGACAUCGAGCUCCCUUCGACGAGUUCUCAAACACGAAGCUCGCGAAGACCCAGCAAGUCAACUAAAGGGAUCGCCAAGAACAACACCCCUCGAGCUACCACCUCUGCCAUAUACUACCGAAAACACCAUAACUUUCCUAGAGGUUUCCUUUGGCGAAUUCUCGAAGAUGAUACUGUUUUAAGUAUACGAACUGUCGAUAUCUGCAAACCUAAGAAAGCUUCCGACGCAAACCUCGUUCUGAACUUCCACUUCCAACAACCGAUUAUACCUACUUGCGUUGCCUUCUGCGACCCACCAGAUCACGAUGCGCUCAGUAUUUUCAUCCUCGAUACUGCCAACCAAAUGUACAACAUCUUUUUACGACCGGACUCCUUCCGAAAGCGUUCGUUUGCCGAAUCGGGACUUGGAGAUUCUUGCAAGAUUUUCCAACCUAAUGCCUUCCGAGGGGGGUUCAAGCAUCCGUAUAGACUUGUUGCAGUGAAUUGUGAUCAGCUGGUCGCAACACUCUCCGAUGGUGGCCACAUUCGCCUUGAUAAGAAUACAUCCCAUACCGCCUCUCAGAUGCCAUGGAAGGAGACCUUUUAUAACGCAAAAGGCUGGUUCCGAAGUCUACUGGGAGGUCGGGGAGAUUUAGAUAUCAAGGCCGCCGCCGCUGCUGUCCAUACGGAUCUGGGACUCAACAACGCAUCGUUCCUGUUUACGGUCUGUCUCGAUCAUCGUCUACGAAUUUGGAAUCUUAAUAGUGGUACUAUUCUAGAGGCUGUAGACCUACUAAACAACUCUGCAAGAGAUCCACAGGAGACGGGGAAGUGGCAGUUGGAUGCGACGCAAACGAACCUGAUCCGUAUCGUGGGCGACACUGAAGGAAGGAGAUUAGGUGUGACUUAUUCGCCAGUUGGACCCGGAGAAUUCAAGUUCUGGAUGAUUGAAUCUGAUAACGGCACGACUAUCCAGGCGGAUGAUCUCUUCCCCGCCAGGAAUUUCAUUCCCAAUCCUCCACUCGGAUCAGAUGUUUGGACUCUCGCUGAUUUCAGCGUGGCACAACGCUCUGCAACCGAUGAGUUCAGAAUGUGGCUCCUAUGGAAAAACAACAUGGCAUAUCGGGUGCAGGAGUUAACAUUCCUAUUAGAAGAGCUUGUACAGGCUUGGGAGAGCCGUUGGCGAUCUGUUUUCUCCGACACAGCCAUACCAACCGCACAAGUAUCUAGCUCAUCCGACCCCACCGAUCCUACAGAAAAAUGGCUUCAACUCAUUUUCUUCCCGGGAAGAUUUCCAAGAGCGACUGUUGAGGCUGCGCUAGGCGCCUACGAGGGAGCUAUUGGUAGACACGGCCGUACCUCGUCGCGUAAUGGUCAAGGCCUGGCUGAAUCGAUCUGCUCCGCUAUCGCCUCCACUUCGUCGUUGAAUAAGACAUCAUCAGGCGAUAUGGACCACGAGCAAUUCAGAAACUCUAGCGAGAUGCAAUGGCGAAAAUUCUACCGAAUUCUACUCGAGCUCGAUAAGCCGCGUAGUGAAGCGCUGUCACUAUCAUACGAAUCGGAAUCGGGAAUGCCGUGGGUUGUGUGCGCCGACAGCGUCUCUGCAAUUAGAGAAUGCUGUGAGUUGGAACAGAUUUGUCAUAAUCCAAACUCGACAUUUGAGGGGUCAAAAGAGGUUCCCGCUCUCGUUACCUCUGGGGUUAACUUCGUCGAGGGGUUUUCGGAUAGCAUGUUACAGAUUUGCCAUUCCGUCCUACGGCCAGAGAUGUUUGAAGAGUCGUCGAAGUCGGAUCAGGAACGACUCCAGUUCGUCUCGGAUAAGGCAGGAUUCUGGCGACAAAUAUCUGAUGAAGAUGCGGCCCAAGUGACUGAUACUCUAGGACCGAACUUCAACUUAGUAACGACACGCUUAUAUGACCGGGUGCUGGCGACGUUCAACGAAACCUGGGAACCUUCACAUCCAACCGAACUGCCUCUUACGGAGUUUGGGCGCAAAAUCAUUGUUAGAUCGGUUCAGGACUUGGCCGAAUUGCAAUGGCAUAUCUGCUUUAGCCAAUUAAUCCUUCUUGUUCAUAUGGAAUUCGAAUUCGACAGCCCAGAGGAUGCUCUUCAUAAUAGCGUCGAGGUUGGCGUUAUAUAUCGCAACUUGCUUAUAAUACUAAGAAGACUUGAACUUCUGCGAUGGCUUGCCAAUACCCAGAUCACAACGCCGCUACCAAAGGCCGACAAGUCAAACUCUGUGUCGGGAAGCUCCCCCGUAAACUCGAAACGACAGGUUGAGGAACACAGAGUCCUUACCGCUCUUGAGGGCAACGUAGGACACCUUCUCGAAUUACCCGGUCUUGCCUCAAUUCACACGGGCGCAAUGCCUUCCUGGAUCACGAACAUUGUUGCCGAUCUUUGUGCGCCUGCUAGUAAUGUGGAGCUGCAACCUCAAUACAUCCAAUGCGGCCUACUCGUUAGAGAUAGGGCAGAUCUUGCCGUUGAGUUAACUCCCUUCUGCGAACAGGACCCAUUCUCAACUUACGUGCAAGGGCGCGUAUACCUUGCUCUUAAAGACUUUAGGACUGCCGCCACUUUUUUUAAGAAGGCAGCAUAUGGAAUGAGUGUACCACAGGCGAAUCCUGAAAGGCACAGUAGCGGUCUUCUUGACGAAACAGAAUGGAAUCUACUUUUCGCCGGGUUACCACGUUAUUACGCACACAUAGUCGCCCUCUUUGAACACCAGAAGGCUUACUCCUUUGUUAUCGAUUUCGCCCGCCUGUCACUCCAAUUUGUCACUCGCACGACCGAGGAUGCGGAUAAGGUCCGAACAGAAAUCCAGUGCCGCCUCUUUAGUGGCGCGCUGGCUACCUCGCAAUUUGAGACGGCUCAUUCGACCGUGGUGGCGAUGAAGGACCGCGCUCUGCAGCACUCAUGUCUACGAGCGCUUCUCCAGAGGAUGUGCGAUAACCUUCACAACUCCGAACUUGUCAAUUUUACUUUCCCGGGCCUACAAACUGCGGUCGACGACAUUCUUGCGCAGCAUUGUCAAGAUACUGUUGACGUCAUCACGGGCGUACCUUAUCACCAGAUCCUCUACGCUUGGCGCAUCAAGCGUAAUGAUUACCGCGGUGCUGCCUCAAUUUUACUCGAUCGCAUUCAAAAGCUUAGACAACUCGGCGAAGGCGAUCAGGUAACUGGUGAUGAUAUUCUGGACACGGCUGUGACGAGACAAUACUUGAUGCUUAUCAAUGUCUUGAGUUGUGUAGACCCGAAGCAGGCAUGGAUCACAAUUGAAGGUCAACCGCACCCAACCAAAUCGGGCACAAACGGCACUCCUAAGCGGAGAGUGGUAACUCUGGCUGAUAUCCGAAAGGAGUAUCAGGACGAACUUGACCGUAUCGCAGCGAUCCACAAUGACCAAUUCGGGUUCGCCGCUGAUGAUGAGAUGGAGAUCCUAUGAUUUCAGGGUAGAGCGAUUCAUAAUGGGGAACGAUCGCAAAUGUAUAACAUGGCUUGUUUAACUGGAUGAUACCUCCUGAGCUAUAAGAUAGACCUCAGG